GACAGUUGCAUGGGCAACCCCAUCGUCUUCGGAAAAGGAACACUUGAAAUGUCUCUUCCCACGCGCCUCCGCACACCGCCAUCUCCGCCGCCUGGCAAUUUGAUUCACUGCUAUUCACCAAAUUUUUUAUCUAUAAAUCGUUCAAAUAGUUCGUUCCACAGCAAUGGGUUCCCUUCUCUUUCUCAUGCCAGGUCCAAUCCAACAGCCGAUAUCGAUGCGGUGGAGGAAGAGCAAACUGAUUUUGCUAAGUUGAAGCGGAAAAUUGAGGCCCUUGGAGUGAACCCUAAUUCCUGUACGCCCGGGCAGUACGAUCUGCUAUAUUGUCCCAAGUGCGAAGGUGGGAAAUCGAUUCAGAGGACUCUGUCUUUUCACAUAAACCCGAAUCGGAGUUAUGCGAUGUGGAGGUGCUUCGAUUCGCAAUGUGGAUGGGCAGGGCAGGUUUUUGCAGACAUCGAAAAGGCUUAUCCUGGUGUGAACAUACCUGUCAAGAUAGAUUCCUCUCGGCCAUUAACCGGAGAAAGUUUACGGCUAGAACCGCUCGGUGAUGAGUUGUUUGCGUACUUUGCUGAAAGAAUGAUAUCCAAGGAAACAUUGGAGAGAAAUAACGUUAUGCAGGUCGCUGGUGAUCGGAAAAUCCUUGCCUUCCCUUAUAGACGAAACGGACUUUUUGUCGGCUGCAAGUACAGAACUGUUGAAAAGAAGUUCUGGCAGGAAAAAAACGCAGAAAAAAUAUUAUACGGGCUUGAUGACAUUACAGAAGCAAACGAGAUCAUAAUUGUUGAAGGUGAGAUUGAUAAGCUAUCAGUUGAAGAAGCUGGCUAUUACAAUUGUGUUAGUGUACCCGGUGGUGCACCACAAACAGUUUCGAUCAAAGAACUACCAACUCCGGAUAAGGAUACGAGCUUUCAAUACUUAUGGAACUGCAUAAAUUAUUUGGACAAGGCGUCUCGAAUAAUCCUGGCAACUGAUGGUGAUAUACCCGGUCAAGCGUUGGCUGAAGAGCUUGCCCGUCGCCUUGGAAAAGAAAGAUGCUGGCUGGUGCAUUGGCCGAAGAAAGAUGAUGUCAGCACUUGUAAAGAUGCAAACGAGGUUCUCAAGAAUCUGGGUGCAGAUGCUCUUAGAAAUGCAAUUGAAAAAGCGGAUGCCUAUCAGAUUCCGGAUUCCGAUUGAUGAACUUGUACAUUACACCCAAUUUACAUUCUGUGAGAAAUAUGAAUUGGUGCAUCUAAAGCAUUUUGAGUGUACAAAGGUUGUACCCUGCUACUACUGUGUGACUCUUUCUUUCUAUCUAUCCUAAAUGAGCUAAUUUCUUCUUUU